CUGACUGUGGCCCUUCCCGGAGGGCGGAUGUGUGCCCGGGAAGGCGAAAGCCGCAGCGGGCCGAGAGGACCCCAGCUCGGCGCCGCAGGCCAACGGCCACAGCCAUGCGACACUGGGGGCGAGGCCUCGGCUGGCCUCCCGGGACCAAGGAACUCUGGAGUCCUAGGACCAUGGAUGCUCUCAAUAGGAGCCAGGUAGGCCCUGGAUGCAAGACCCAGGUUGUGGUGCAGAAAGGACCCUUGGACCUGAUCGAGACAGGCAAAGGGCUGAAAGUGCAAACGGACAAACCGCAUCUGGUGAGCUUGGGCAGCGGGCGGCUCAGCACAGCCAUCACCCUUCUGCCACUGGAGGAAGGGAGAACAGUGAUUGGCUCCGCAGCCAGAGACAUCUCACUUCAGGGUCCAGGCUUGGCUCCAGAGCACUGCUACAUCGAGAACCUGCGGGGUACCCUUACCCUCUAUCCUUGUGGCAAUGCCUGCACUAUUGAUGGGCUCCCCAUCCGGCAGCCUACCCGGCUCACUCAGGGCUGCAUGUUGUGCCUGGGUCAGUCCACCUUCCUCCGCUUUAACCACCCUGCUGAAGCCAAGUGGAUGAAGAGCAUGAUUCCAGCAGGGGGCCGGGCUCCUGGGCCCCCCUACAACCCUGGCUCUGCUGAAUCAGAAAGUCUGGUGAAUGGGAACCACACCCCACAGCCUGCGACCCGGGGACCCCCAGCUUGUGCCAGCCACAGUUCUUUAGUGAGCUCCAUUGAGAAGGACCUACAGGAAAUCAUGGACUCACUGGUGCUAGAGGAACCUGGAGCUGCUGGCAAGAAGCCUGCUGCAACCUCCCCAUUGUCGCCAAUGGCUAAUGGUGGCCGCUACCUGCUGUCCCCUCCAACCAGUCCUGGGGCCAUGUCUGUGGGCUCCAGCUAUGAGAACACCUCUCCAGCCUUCUCUCCACUCUCUUCACCAGCUAGCAGUGGGAGCUGUGCCAGCCAUUCACCCAGUGGGCAGGAGCCAGGACUGUCUUCUGUACCCCCGCUGGUGCCUGCUCGCUCAUCCAGCUACCAUUUGGCCCUGCAGCCCCCACAGUCCCGCCCAAGUGGUGCCCGCUCCUCUGAGAGUCCCCGGCUGGGUAGAAAAGGAGGUCAUGAGAGGCCUCCCAGCCCUGGCCUCCGGGGGCUAUUGACUGAUAGCCCUUCAGCCACGGUCUUGGCAGAAGCCCGCAAAGCCACUGAGAGCCCCCGACUGGGAGGGCAGCUGCCUGUGGUAGCUAUCAGCCUGAGUGAAUACCCAGCUGCCGGUGCCCGCAGCCAACCCACCAGCAUUCCUGGCAGCCCCAAGUUCCAGUCUCCAGUUCCUGCUCCUCGCAACAAGAUCAGCACACUCCAGGACCGCCCUCCAAGCCCUUUCCGUGACCCUCCCGGCACGGAGAGGGUAUUGACAACGAGUCCCUCUCGCCAACUGGUGGGCCGAACAUUUUCAGAUGGGUCAGCCACCCGCACCCUGCAGCCUCCUGAGAGUCCCCGCCUGGGUCGGCGGGGCCUGGACAGUAUGCGAGAACUCCCUCCCUUGAGCCCGUCUCUGUCCCGACGAGCUCUCUCCCCACUGCCUGCUCGGACCACCCCAGAUCCCAAGCUCACCAGGGAGGUAGCAGACAGUCCACGGCCCCGGCGGUGGGCAGCCCAUGGAGCUUCACCGGAGGACUUCUCCCUGACUUUGGGGACACGAGGCCGCAGAACACGGAGUCCCUCACCUACCCUGGGGGAGUCCUUGGCACCUCGCAAGGGCAGCUUCAGUGGCAGGCUGAGCCCAGCCUAUAGUCUGGGUUCUCUUACUGGGGCUUCACCACGCCAGAGCCCUCAUGCCCAGAGGAAGCUCUCCAGUGGGGACUUGCGGGUACCUGUCAUUAGGGAAAGGAAAAAUAGCAUCACAGAGAUCAGUGACAAUGAAGAUGACCUCCUGGAGUACCACCGGCGGCAGCGCCAAGAGCGGCUCCGGGAGCAGGAGAUGGAGAGGCUGGUGUGUCCUUGUGACCACGUGGAAGCCCCAUCCUGGGACAGAAUGAGAAGGGAGAGGAAACAGGAAGAUAGGAGGGGCCGGCCACAUGGACAGGAGCGCCAGCGCUUGGAGACCAUCCUGAACCUGUGUGCUGAGUACAGCCGGGCUGAUGGGGGACCAGAGGCCGGGGAGCUGCCCAGCAUUGGGGAGGCCACUGCAGCUUUGGCACUGGCAGGUCGGAGGCCCUCACGAGGCUUUGCCGGGGCCACUGUGGCCUCUGGACGGAGUAGCGAGGAGCCUGGAAGUGCUGCCCAACGCCUGUGGGAGAGCGUGGAGCGCUCAGAUGAAGAAAAUCUCAAGGAGGAGUGCAGUAGCACAGAGAGCACCCAGCAGGAGCAUGAAGAUGCACCUAGCACCAAGCUCCAAGGAGAGCUGCUAGCCCUAGAAGAGGAGCGGGCUCAGGUGUUGGGGCGUGUGGAGCAGCUCAAGGUCCACGUGAAGGAGCUAGAGCAGCAGCUACAAGAAGCGGCCAGAGAGGCCGAAAUGGAGAGGGCGCUGCUGCAGGGGGAGAGGGAAGCAGAGCGGGCACUGCUGCAGAAGGAGCAAAAGGCAGUGGACCAACUACAGGAGAAGCUGGUGGCCUUGGAGACUGGCAUCCAGAAGGAGAGAGACAAGGAGAGGGCGGAGCUGGCCGCGGGACGGAGGCACCUGGAGGCCCGCCAGGCGCUCUACGCCGAGCUCCAGACGCAGCUCGAUAACUGCCCCGAGUCAGUGCGGGAACAGUUACAGGAGCAGCUGAGAAGGGAGGCAGAGGCCCUGGAGACGGAGACAAAGCUCUUUGAAGACUUGGAGUUCCAGCAGCUGGAGCGCGAGAGCCGCGUGGAGGAGGAGCGCGAGUUGGCGGGCCAGGGGCUGCUGCGGAGCAAGGCCGAGCUGCUGCGAAGUGUCGCCCAGAGGAAGGAGCGCCUGGCCAUCCUGGACAGUCAAGCUGGGCAGAUCCGGGCCCAGGCUGUGCAGGAGUCGGAGCGCCUGGCCCGGGACAAGAAUGCAUCCCUGCAGCUGCUGCAGAAGGAAAAGGAGAAACUGACUGUGCUGGAAAGAAGGUACCACUCACUCACGGGGGGCAGGCCUUUCCCGAAGACCACCUCGACCCUCAAAGAGGCUCAGCUGCUCAUCUCCGAAUCCUCAGAGAUGGGGCUGGGGACCAAGGCUCUGGGCCCAUUCCCGGGGUCUUCUCAGGCUGGGGUCUCCUCUGUCUCCUUCACCCCGUCUGCUUCCACUCCACUCUGCCCCAAAGCACAAGAGAUGGAGAAGCUGCUGCUCCCUGCUGUAGACUUAGAGCAGUGGUACCAGGAGCUGAUGGCCGGGUUGGGGACUGGUCCCACUGCAGCCUCCCCUCGCUCCUCCCCCCCGCCUCUGCCCGCCAAAGCUUCCCGUCAACUGCAGGUUUACCGUUCCAAGAUGGAUGGUGAGGCCACCAGUCCCCUGCCCCGGACUCGCAGUGGCCCCCUCCCCUCCUCUUCUGGCUCUUCCUCCUCGUCCUCACAGCUCAGUGUGGCUACUCUGGGCCGUAGCCCUUCUCCAAAGAGUGCUCUGCUCACCCAGAAUGGCACUGGCAGCCUUCCCCGCAACCUGGCAGCCACAUUGCAGGACAUUGAGACCAAGCGCCAACUGGCUCUGCAGCAGAAGGUCGAGUUGCUUCCUGCCGAGCCCCUCCCAACUGACGACCCAGCAGGGCAGCAGGUGAUCGAGGAGCAGCGGCGGCGGCUGGCUGAGCUGAAGCAGAAAGCGGCGGCGGAGGCGCAGUGCCAGUGGGAUGCCCUGCAUGGGGCAGUGCCCUUCCAGGCAGGCCCCUCGGGCUACCCCCCACUCAUGCACCACUCCAUCCUGCACCACCUGCCAGCCGGGCGGGAGCGUGGGGACGAGGGUGAGCACGCUUAUGACACACUGAGCCUGGAGAGCUCGGACAGCAUGGAGACCAGCAUCUCCACUGGGGGCAAUUCGGCCUGUUCUCCUGACAACAUGUCCAGUGCCAGUGGUCUGGACGUGGGCAAGAUUGAGGAGAUGGAGAAGAUGCUAAAAGAAGCUCAUGCAGAGAAGAGCCGGCUCAUGGAGUCUAGGGAGAGGGAGAUGGAGCUGCGCAGGCAGGCCCUGGAGGAGGAGCGGCGGAGGCGGGAACAGGUGGAACGGAGGCUGCAGAGUGAGAGCGCUCGGAGGCAGCAGCUGGUGGAGAAGGAGGUCAAGAUGCGGGAGAAACAGUUUUCUCAGGCACGGCCCCUGACCCGCUACCUGCCUAUCCGGAAGGAGGACUUUGACCUGAAGACCCACAUCGAGUCAUCAGGCCAUGGUGUGGAUACCUGCUUGCAUGUGGUGCUCAGCAGUAAGGUCUGCCGUGGCUACUUGGUCAAGAUGGGUGGAAAGAUUAAAUCCUGGAAGAAGCGCUGGUUUGUCUUUGACCGGCUCAAGCGCACCCUUUCCUACUAUGUGGACAAGCAUGAGACGAAGCUGAAGGGGGUCAUCUACUUCCAGGCCAUCGAGGAAGUGUACUAUGACCACCUGCGCAGUGCAGCCAAGAAGAGGUUUUUCCACUUCACUAUGGUGACUGAGAGCCCGAACCCAGCCCUCACCUUCUGCGUGAAGACCCAUGACCGACUGUACUACAUGGUGGCCCCGUCUGCGGAGGCCAUGCGCAUCUGGAUGGAUGUCAUCGUCACAGGGGCUGAGGGCUACACUCAGUUUAUGAACUGACUGCCGUGGCCUCCGGGACCCUCAGGCUGGCCCCAGGACCCACGCCAGCCUCUUGCUGCUCUGCUGGCCCCUGUGGGCAGCUGCACAGCGGGCGCCAGCCCUCACAGGAGCAGGAUGUAAUGGAGCGGCCAGGGCCUUUGUGCAAGAAGACUUUGUGGUACUCUGUAGGGAUUCAGUCCUAUGAGUUUCUGGGCUCAGAAGAGGAAGGUGGGAGGGGACUUGCUGCCUCCUGGGAGCCCAGAACUCGCAGUUCCUGUUCAGAAUGCUGCCCGGUGCCCGGCCCACACCGUGGAGGAACUGCCACAGAGGCUCAAUCUGACCUGCUCUCCCCAGUCUGUGUUCUCUUUGUAAAGGACUAAUUAUGGUACCAGAUUCUGCCAAAGAUCCUCUUGCCUCCGCCCUGCAGGGCCUUGGGGCCGAGCAGAGCCACCCCGUGGGGCACCAGCGCAGGCAGCGCACUGCUCCAGCGCCCUCUGCCUCACUGUCUCCCUCGUUUCUGUUUUUAAUUUGCUUGAGGGACAGACACUUCAAGUGUCACCCUUGAGGUUCCAGCCCCAUUCCCUGGUUGGAGAACCAUCACCAUGAUCUCCAUGGUGAUUGCUUCAUUGUCAUGGUUACAUACUAACUGCAGUGGCUCCAUGGCUGAGCCCACUGCUCAGUGAUGGGCCAUCUGAGGGUACACGCCAUCAUCUCUCCAGCCCAGGCGCGGGGUAAUCUCAUGCAGGGGGAAAGGACUGAGCACCUCUCCGCCCCCUGCCUGUGUCUAGUCCCCAGACAUGCAGCCUGCGGCACCCCACGCCAGCCCUCUCCCUUCACUCGUGCCUUGCCUAGAGCCGGAAGGGAUGAUGCAGGAGAUCUGUGACCAGAGGGACAGCCAGCACCUGGGAGAGGAAGCCAAAGGGUGUCCUCUGGGUCCUACAGGGUUGAGUUCCGGACAGGAAGGGGGGUGGCUCAGAGUUCUCAGAGGGAAGGACUGGGCAGGAGGGAGCCACAGAGGGACUGGCCUGAGCUCCACUGCCCACGCUUCAGCCUCCUAAGGAUGAUGGAAAAGGGGAGUGGAGGACCAGCCUCCAGCUGUCUGGCCUCAGCCCUUUGCCGCCUUAACACUAAGCCCACCUCCCCUGCCCUCCUCCCCAGCCCCGGGUCCCUGUGGCCUGGGCCAGGCUGGGUGUUUUUCAGUAUUGGUAAGCAUUUACAAAUAAGCAGAACAAUAAAGCAUUUGGACUAUGUAA